CAAAAUUAGAAAAUAACACCAAAAUUACUCAUUUUGGGAGAGUAUUUUUUUCGAAAAGGAAAGAUUUUGUGGGAUGGUUGAAGGGUGUUUGAUUUAUGGUCAACGCGAGUGUCACAAUUUGAUCCAAAAAAGUCAAAUGGUGACAAUUAAAUUUAAGGGUUUGACCUUUUAUUUGUGUUAAGUUACUACUCGGUUCUUGACAUGGUUGGCCUAAGUGGUGCACUUGAGACCCUUUGUGGACAAGGAUAUGGCGCCAAGUUGUACAGGAUGAUGGGGGUUUACCUCCAGACGGCGUGCAUCAUAUCAUUUCUUUCGAGUGUUAUCAUAUCCGCGGUGUGGUGGUUUUCGGAACACAUCUUGGUUUUACUGCAACAAGACCCUGAAAUUGCAAAACUUUCCGGCCUGUACCUCAAGUUUUUCAUACCGGGAUUGUACGCCUACGGGUUUUUGCAAAACUUGUUGAGGUUUAUGCAGACACAGAGAGUCGUUCUGCCAUUGGUCAUGAGCUCGAUCGUGCCAUUGACUAUCCAGGUCGGCCUCACAUAUGUGUUGGUUCGGUUCACAAGCCUGGGUUUCGCAGGGGCACCAUUGGCCGCAUCUAUUUCGUUGUGGCUGUCGUUUCUCAUGCUGGCCGGGUACGUGCUGUUUUCAGGGAAAUUCAACAACACUUGGGAGGGUUUUUCGUCGGAGUCGUUUAGCUAUUUCUUUGUAACAAUGAGGCUUGCUCUGCCCUCUGCUGCCAUGGUGUGCAUGGAGUAUUGGGCUUUCGAGCUGCUAGUGUUGUUGGCGGGCAUUAUGCCGAACUCGGAAAUAACGACUUCUCUGAUUGGGAUGUGCGUGAACACGGAAGCGAUUGCGUACAUGAUCGCGUAUGGUCUCAACGCGACUGCGAGCACGAGAGUGUCGAACGAGUUGGGAGCGGGAAGGCCGGAGAGAGCAAAGCAAGCCGUGGCCGUCACAUUCGUGCUGUGCAUCCUUCUGGCUUCCGCCACGGCGCUUUCCCUGGUGUUUGGCCACAACGUUUGGGCUGGCCUCUUCAGUGAUAGCGCGGCCGUCAUAUCAAAUUUUGGUUCGAUGGCGCCCCUUCUGGUCAUCUCCUUCCUUUUUGACUUUUUCCAAGGAAUCUUAUCAGCGGUGGCGAGGGGGUGCGGGUGGCAGCACUUGGCUGUGGGCAUAAACCUGGGAUCAUUCUAUUUCAUUGGAAUGCCAAUUGCGGCAGUUUUGGCAUUCAAGUUUAAACUCUAUGUGAAGGGGUUAUGGAUUGGGUUGAUCUGCGGCCUGGCUUCGCAGUCGUCCGGUUUGUUGUUGCUCUCCAUCUUCAGGAAGUGGGACAGAGUGGAGAUCUCCACUAUCACUGAAAAAGAUAACCACAAGGCGGCAUUGCUGACUUGAAUCAAAGUACGUUCUUAUUACAUUCAUGCUGGAUUAUUUUGGGAGUGUAUUCAAAUCUCAACUCCAAUGCAUGCAAUGGCGGCGGCUCUUCUCCUCUCUCUCUCUCUCUCUCUCUCUCUCCAAGGAAAUCUGUAAUGUAUGAUGAAAUAAUUGGUUUACAAAGAGACCAAACUGUUAGUGGCUGAAUGAUCAGUUUUGAUCCCCCCAAAUAAAGGCCUGGCUAGUUUGGUAUUGUUGUGGUUUUUGGGUUAUCAAAAGUUGGACACAAAUCCGGGUUGAUUUUGUUUGUGUAGAAUUAUUACUCGCUACUGAUUUAGCUAUUCACUCUUCUAUU